CUCUGCCACUUUUUCGGUGUCUGGUAUCUCGAGUGUGUAUGGUCUCAAUCGUCGUCGAAGUUCAGCACACAUUCGCCGUUACACUUUUCUUUAAGUCUAUUAAAGGCGUUGGCUCUCGUCUUUUCGAAAGACAACUGCUUAUUCGACUUGAACUAUCCCCCUGUGGACGCCUAAGACCGUUCUUCAUUGUGUACCCUCGUACGACGUGUGCUUAGCCCUAUCAGAAGUAAAACCUGGAGCGACCAAUCCGGUUAAAACUAUGUUUCCAACUCUUAGUGAGAACCUAGGGGAAAGUGUCGAAAGCCCGCUCGUUUCCCUCCACAUUGUCGUUCCUCGUUCGUCGGCCGGCAACACAGUCUUAGCGUUGAGCCGCGUGCAUGCACAGUUCUUCUUUUCUCCCCGUCUGUUUUUUUGGUAUUUGUGCAAUUCUCCGAGGAAAAACGUGUCAAAGUCGAACGCUCUCGCGAUGACUCUCGCACUCUUCUGCGGCUCGGCUGCCGGGCUGCUUCCCAGGAACGUUUCGCGGCUGCGUGUGGACAGCAAAGCCUUACCCUCGAGUUUUCUCUCGUGGCUGCCGACGUCGGCGACGCCGCGAACUCCUGAGAUCAAACACACAAAAAGGCCCUCGUUGAAACAUCCCCACGCACGAGCAGAAGGACGCGAGCAAGAAAACGUCUCCAGCCUUCUCUUGCGGUCGCUUGCAAGCGGGAGUGUCGUCUCCCUCUGUCUUUCUCUGUGUACUCGAAGCCCAGCGACUUCCUUGUCGAGUUUCUCCGGAGUUUCUGCACUCAACAGAGGGUAUUUCUCGAGGACAAUGGCGACACAAAGUUCCCUGUUCGACGGUGUCCAAGAGGCACCCCCGGACCCCAUUCUCGGACUGGAAGUCGCGUUCAGGGCAGACCAAGACCCAAGAAAAGUGAACCUCGGCAUCGGAGCCUACCGAACAGAUGACGGAAAACCCUACGUUUUCAGAUGUGUCAGACAAGUAGAGCAGGAGAUGGCUGCGGAUCCGAACCUGUACAAGGAGUACCUUCCGAUCGACGGCCUCCCGGAGCUGAAGAAGCAAACACAGGAACUCCUCUUUGGUGAAGACAGUUCUGCAAUAGCAGAAGAACGCAUUUGCUCGGCUCAAGUUCUGUCAGGGACAGGAGGCUUGCGCGUUGCCGGAGAAUUCCUUCGAUACUUCUUGCCGCAUUGCAAGACCGUAUACAUGAGCGAACCGACUUGGCCAAACCACCCGAACAUCUUCAAGAAGGCGGGACUCGAGGUGGCAACUUACCCUUACUGGAAUCCAGCCACGAAAGGUGUCGAUUUCGAAAACAUGAAGAAGACACUGGAGAGUGCUGCUCCGUACUCAGUUCUCCUCCUCCACGCUUGCGCCCACAAUCCCACGGGAGUAGAUCUAAAUGAGGCCCAGUGGCGAGAAAUCAUGGAUCUCUGCAAGCGCAAAAGGCUCGUGCCGAUGAUCGACAAUGCCUACCAAGGCUACGCGAGCGGGGAUUUGCAGCGCGACAGUUUCAGCUCGCGUCUGUUCUGCAACGAGGGCAACAUGGAACUGUUCGUCUGCCAGUCGUUCGCCAAGAACAUGGGGCUCUAUGGCGAACGCAUAGGCAUGCUCCACAUUGUAUGCGCGAACGCAGAACGAGCAAAAGUUGUUUUGAGUCAAGUGAAAAAAAUUAUUCGGCCCAUGUACAGCAGCCCACCGUUGCACGGGGCGCGCAUCGUCAGUCGAGUUCUGGGAGAUCCGAACAUGAAAGCGGCCUGGAUGUCGGAACUGAAGGAACUUGCAGGUCGAAUCCAGAGUGUACGGAGUGCGUUGCGGAGUGGUCUAGAGGCGAAGCAGACGCCAGGAACGUGGAGACACAUCACAGAGCAAAUUGGAAUGUUCUCCUACACUGGCCUCUCCCGAGAACAAGCUGAACGGAUGACAAAGCACUGGCACGUGUACAUGAUGAACAACGGCCGCAUUAGUCUGGCGGGUCUCACCCAGGCUAAUUUGCCGUAUGUGGUCGAGGCGAUAGACGAGGUGGUGCGGGCAGUUCCUGCAAGCUAAUCGAGCAUGGAGAUGCCGUGAAAAAAAAACAUGUGUGUGGAGAGGACAGAUUGAUCGUGAUACCCAGAGUAAUGUGUGGCUUUGCUUGCUAUCCUCCGGACAUAGUGGGCGGAUCUGGCUCUCCUGCUUGCGUCUGAAUAUAUAUAUAUAUAUAUACAUGUUAAAUAUGUAUAUAUAUAUAUAUAUAUACAUGCAUAGAGCGCCCGUGGUUCUAUGUCUGCAUGUGCAUUCCGAGUUAAGACCAGUGAACAGCGUAUCGUGGUGAUUCGCUGAGAGGAAGAUGUAGACAGAUGCAUGCGGGGGUAUGUAUCAGCGUGCAUCUGUCGUUUAGGUUUUACGUCUUGCAGAGACUCCCAGAUGUUUCUGUGGUGUCAUUUGCCUUUUUUACGCGUACGCGGGGGCAAGCGGCUAGAGCCGCAUGUGUCCGUACUUCUCGUAGGGGGUUUGCGCUCCACUCUGCCAGAGUGCCUCAUCUCUGCAGUCCGGCGACAACAAUGUUGUGUUCGAUGGUUGGCAGUCAGUCUUACCUCACACAUUCCCUUCGCGACCCCAGUUGGGUUUCACGAGGCUUUGGCAUUCCGUCCUACACAUGCGUGCAACUCAGUUGGUGUGUGGCUCCCGCGUCUUGCGGCUGGGUAUGGCGGUUUGGAGUUUAACGCGUGGAAGCUCGGGGCUUCUCACGGAAACCUUCUACCGUCAGUGAAAUGGGAAACGAUCUAUAAUACAAAUCGCUGGAUGUCGUC